GCAACCGAUUGGAUACGUCAGUGCCAGUCGCACCACAAGGGUUGUGACAACAAGUUUAUCCUCGAGCCUUCCCAGAAUUACCUGCCUUUGAGGCUCUUGGACCUUGGAGAUCAUGAAGGUGAAACAAUCGGCCUAAAGUUCAGCUCGCAGCUUGAGGAAAUGAUCCCCCAGCGUUACAUUGCUCUUAGCCAUUGCUGGGGAGAAGCAGUAAAUCUGACUCUUACAAAGUCCAGCGUCGACAAUAUGGCAAACUUUCAAGUAAAGAGCUUGACCAAAAACUUCCAACAUGCCGUUCGGAUUACGCGAGCCAUGAAGGUGAGGUAUCUUUGGAUAGACUCCUUGUGUAUCGUCCAAGAUGACGAUGGAGAGUGGGAAGCUCAAUCAGCAGAUAUGGGUUUGGUAUAUGCCAACGCAUUGUGUGUAAUCUGC